UUCUUCCUUUCGCGCCGGUAGCUGGAGAACCGUGCGUCCAUGUGCGCAUUGCCCAGGACUUCAUAGAUCGCCGAGCCUUCCACAUCUGAGCCUUACGAGAAUCGUGCUAUGGAUCCAAACUCUUUGAUUGAAGCCCUCCGGGGCACCAUGGAGCCAAAUUUGCGUGAGGCCGCGGAGAGACAGCUGAAUGAGGGCCAUGCCCAGGUAAACUUCACAUCCACGCUACUGCAGGUGACCAUGUCUGAACAACUGGAUUUGCCUGUGCGGCAAGCAGGCGUCAUCUAUUUGAAAAACAUGGUCACACAGUUCUGGAGCGAAGGUGAGAACGCAAACAACGAGGUGCCUACCAGCAACAUCCCUGAGUCGGACCGCCAGUUUAUCCGAGACAACAUAGUGGAGGCCAUCAUCCAGUCGCCGGAGCGCAUCAGAGUCCAGCUCACCACCUGCAUUCACCACAUGAUUAAGCACGACUACCCUGGCAAAUGGACGGCCAUCGUGGACAAGAUUGGCUUCUACCUGCAGUCCGACAACAGUGCCUGCUGGCUGGGCAUCCUGCUGUGUCUCUACCAGCUGGUGAAGAACUACGAGUACAAGAAGCCGGACGAGCGCCAGCCUCUGAUCGCCGCCAUGCAGAUCUUCAUGCCCAUGCUGAAAGAACGCUUCAUCCAGCUCCUGCCAGACCUCUCCAGCGACUCUGUGCUGGUGCAGAAACAGAUCUUCAAGAUCCUCUACGCACUCUUUCAGUAUAAUCUUCCUCUGGAGCUGAUCAACAAGCAGAACCUGACCGAGUGGAUGGAGAUCCUGAAGACAGUAGUGGACAGAGAUGUUCCUCCGGAGACGCUGCAGGUGGACGAGGAUGAGAGGCCUGAGCUCCCCUGGUGGAAGUGUAAGAAGUGGGCCCUCCACAUCCUGGCUCGGCUCUUCGAGAGGUACGGGAGCCCCGGCAACACGACCAAAGAGUAUACAGAGUUUGCCGAGCUCUUCCUCAAGGGUUACGCCGUGGCCGCUCAACAGGUCCUGCUCAAGGUCUUGUAUCAAUAUAAGGAGAGGCAAUACGUAGCACCCAGAGUUUUGCAACAGGCCCUGAACUACAUUAACCAGGGCAUAGCUCAUGCCGUCACCUGGAAGAACCUAAAGCCUCAUAUCCAGGGCAUCAUCCAGGACGUGGUCUUCCCCCUCAUGUGCUACACGGACAGUGAUGAGGAGCUGUGGCAGGAGGAUCCAUACGAGUACAUCCGCAUGAAGUUCGACGUGUUCGAGGACUUCAUCUCGCCCACCACGGCUGCCCAGACCCUGCUCUUCACCGCCUGCAACAAAAGGAAAGAAGUAUUGCAGAAGACGAUGGGCUUCUGUUAUCAGAUCCUCACCGAGCUCGCCUCAGACCCCCGCAAGAAGGACGGUGCCCUUCACAUGAUUGGCUCCCUGGCCGAGAUUCUGCUCAAGAAAAAGAUUUACAAAGACCAGAUGGAGUUCAUGCUGCAGAGUCACGUCUUCCCCCUUUUCCGCAGCGAGCUCGGUUACAUGAGAGCGAGGGCCUGUUGGGUUCUGCACUACUUCUGCGAGGUGAAGUUUAAGAGCGACCAGAACCUGCAGACGGCCCUGGAGCUCACACGCUUCUGUCUCAUCAGCGACACUGAGAUGCCUGUGAAAGUGGAGGCAGCCAUCGCUCUGCAAGUCCUCAUCAGUAACCAGGAGAAAGCCAAAGAGUACAUCACCCCUUUCAUCCGGCCAGUGAUGCAGGCUCUCCUUCACAUCGUGCGUGAGACAGAGAACGAUGACCUCACCAAUGUCAUCCAGAAGAUGAUCUGCGAGUACAGUGAGGAGGUGACCCCCAUCGCCGUGGAGAUGACUCAGCACCUGGCCAUGACCUUCAACCAGGUGAUCCAGACCGGCCCCGACGAGGAGGGCGGUGACGACAAGGCCGUGACUGCCAUGGGCAUCCUCAACACCAUCGACACACUGCUCAGCGUAGUGGAGGACCAUAAAGAGAUCACGCAGCAGCUGGAGGGGAUCUGUCUGCAGGUGAUCGGCACAGUGCUGCAGCAGCAUGUCCUAGAGUUCUAUGAAGAGAUCCUGUCCCUGGCUCACAGUCUGACGUGUCAACAGGUGUCACCACAAAUGUGGCAGCUCCUGCCUCUUGUCUUUGAGGUCUUCCAGCAGGAUGGCUUUGACUACUUCACGGACAUGAUGCCACUUCUCCACAACUACGUUACAGUUGACACAGACACUCUUCUGUCCGACACAAAGUACCUUGAAAUCAUCUACAGCAUGUGCAAAAAGGUUUUGACAGGUGACCCAGGCGAGGACCCAGAGUGUCAUGCGGCCAAGCUUCUCGAAGUCGUCAUUUUGCAAUGUAAAGGGCGGGGCAUAGACCAGGUGGUGCCUCUCUUUGUAACCACGGCCCUGGAGCGUCUGACGCGGGAGGUAAAGACCAGCGAGCUGAGGACUAUGUGCCUGCAGGUAGCCAUCGCCGCACUCUACUACAGCCCGCCUCUGCUCCUCAACACACUGGAGAACCUCCGUUUCCCCAACAACACAGAGCCCAUCACCAACCACUUCAUUUCCCAGUGGCUCAAGGACAUUGACUGCUUCCUCGGGCUCCACGACAGGAAGAUGUGCGUGCUGGGGCUGUGUGCCCUGAUGGAUCUGGAGCAGAGGCCCCAGUCGGUGAGUCAGGUCGCCGGCCAGCUUCUUCCUGCCGCCAUCCUGCUGUUUAACGGUCUGAAGAGGGCAUACGCCUGCAGGGCUGAGCAUGAGAACGAGGAGGACGAAGACGACGAAGAUGGGGAGGAGGAAGAUGAUAAUGCUGAGCUUGGAAGCGACGAGGAUGACAUUGACGAUGAAGGCCAGGAAUACCUCGAAAUGCUCGCCAAGCAAGCCGGAGAGGAUGGCGAUGAUGAAGACUGGGAAGAGGAUGACGCGGAGGAGACUGCACUUGAAGGCUACACCACCUCCGUUGAUGAUGAGGAGAAUCCUGUCGAUGAGUACCAGAUCUUUAAAGCCAUAUUACAAAAUAUCCAGUCCCGCGAUCCAACAUGGUACCAGGCACUCACCCAGUGUCUGGACGAAGAACAGGGCAAACAGCUUCAGGACAUCGGCACACUCGCAGAUCAGAGACGAGCAGCACAUGAAUCAAAGAUGAUUGAGAAACAUGGGGGAUACAAGUUCACAGUGCCAGUGGUGCCAACCAACUUCAACUUUGGUGGCAGUGCCCCUGGAAUGAAUUGAGUCCUCCCUCUUCACCUCUUUCUUACUCUGUGACUGAUUGUAGUGAAGUGAAAAAAAGCUCGUGUUAUUCCCUCAAGUAGUGGUUCCAGAACUGGUUCUUCUCACUCAAUCUUCAAUCUGACUAUCAAACUGGACAGCACCAGAAGACGUGGGAAGGGAACCAAAUGCAACCAAUGGCUGAGGAAAACAAACCAAGAACUUGCAAGUGAAAAAAGAAGCUUUGAACAAUGCUGUCUUAUGGAAUCCAAAAACAAGAGGGAUACCAUGAUGGCAGCUCCUUUCCCCCACCCACAUGCAUCGGGGCCUAUAAAUAAUCGAAAUUGAUAACGGGACUAAAUCUCAUCAUUUUCACUGUUCAGGCCAAAGGGCCUCUAUAAGAUUAUACCUCUGGCAGUAGUGUUUCAACUUUUUCUGCAUUAAAAAAAAAUGUUAUUGUAUAUACAAGCCAAGGCUCUUGAUUUUUAAGUAGCCUGGUCAAACAACCAGAGGCAUUUGAAAGGUGUCAAACGUGUAUUCAAAUGUAGCAUAUUGGAUACUUGUCAUAGCACUAUGUGAUGCCUGAAAUCUGUAAAUUAAUGACUAGCACUUUCAUAUUGUUCAGGUCUCUUAGCCUUCUGUAUCAGACUGCAAAUUUUUUUAAAACUCGAUUGAAGCUAUUUAAAACAGUAACAUUUGUUACUUGGCAGGCAACGUGUCCCAUACUGUCUGGUUGUCAGAUGAAUUACGCUAAAAUAAGUGGUGGUGCUUUGCUGCUUGCAAUGGAAAUGUUUAAGGUUCCAGAAAAAAAGAAAGCAAGCAAGCUCUUGGUGUCCACUCUGGACACUGUUACAAGCACUGAAAGCUGUUUGAAUAAUUCAUUGGAGCAUGUACAAUUGGGCUGGAUUGUCAAGGUCUCAAGCAUUUGGUUGAUGUAUGGAUGAACCAUCUAUAUGAUAUUAAAAAAAUAACUUCAUUCA